GGUGACCUUGGAAGCAAUGAGUGUGGCAAGGAACAUAUAAGUAGAAACCUUGGGGAGAAUUUAGCAGUAUCGCCACCACCACCAUGCCGUCGGGACCUGUGGACAACAUUAUCUUGCUGGCUGACUGCUACAAGUCCUCACAUUACAAAGUCUACCCUCCGGGCACCACCAAGCUUUAUGCCUACUUCGAGUCCCGUGGGGGAAAGUACCCGUACACCGUGUUCUUCGGACUGCAGUACAUCCUGAAGCGAUGGCUGUGCGGACCGGUACUCACGAAGGAAAUGGUGGCGGAGGCUAAGCAGGUGAUAGGGCAGGUGUUCAAACGAGACGACGUGUUCAACGAGGCUGGAUGGAACUAUGUGGUGGAGCAUCACGGAGGUCGCUUACCGCUGCGCAUCAAGGCUGUGCCCGAGGGAAGCGUGCUGCCCACCAAGAACGUGCUUUUCACCGUCGAGAACACUGAUCCUGCCGUACCAUGGCUUACCAACUUCUUCGAGACGAUACUGGUGCAAGCAUGGUACCCCAUGACGGUUGCCACAGCCUCCAGCGUGUACCGCCAGCUCAUCACCCACUACCUGCACCUCACCCACGACACUGACGAGAUGGCAGAGUACAUGCUGCAUGACGCUGGGUACCGCGGCGUGUCUUCAGUGGAAUCAGCGGCCUUGGGAGGGGCGGCUCACAUGCUCAGUUUCAAAUCCUCAGACACCGUGGCAGGCACCUCCCUCCUGCGUAAGUUCUAUGGGCUGGAAGGUGUGGCAGGUUAUUCCACGCCCUCUUCAGAGCACUCUACAGUCACAUCAUGGGGCAGGAACAGGGAGCUGCAGUCACAUCGCCACAUGCUGGAUACCUACCAUCAAGGAGAUGCAGGGUGUGUAUGUGACUCAUACGACAUCUGGAAGUGCCUGGAGGAGAUGUGGGGUGGGGAGCUGAAGGAACUGGUGCUGGAAAGAGGGCAGAGAGGCGGCUGUGUGUACCUCAGGCCUGACAGUGGCGACCCCAAAGAUGUAGUCCUCAAGAGUCUGGAGAUCCUAGGGAAGGCCUUUGGCACGGAAAGCAACAAAAAAGGCUACAAGAUGCUGCCCUCGUGUGUUAAGGUCAUCCAGUCAGAUGGCAUUGAUCUCCAUUCACUGUGGGAGAUCCUGAAGCACAUUGAGGAACAUGGCUGGAGCACCAGCAGUGUAUUCUUUGGUGCUGGUGCAGCCCUCCUGCAGAAGGUGAACCGUGACACCCAGAAGUGUGCUUACAAGGUGAGCUACGCGGAGGUGGAGGGUGAGGGCAUGGAGGUGUUCAAGCAACCCAUCACUGACUCAGGCAAGACCAGCAAAAAGGGGAGGCUGACCCUGGAGCGAGGUGAGGACGGCACGUACAUCACUGUGCAGCACGGCAAGGGAGACCUGGCAAAGGACCUACUGGUGCCCAUCUUUGAGGACGGCACUCUCCUGCAGGAGUACACGUUUGAGGAGGUGAAGCAGCGAGCAGACCAAGGCCUGCAAGACUUUGACAUCAUCAAAUUCCUGCAGGAAAGCAAGAAUUGAAAUACAAAUUAACAUGUAUCAUUACAAAUUUUACUGCUACCACCACUAAAACAAUCACUGACGAUCAUAGGUGAGCGCUACUGCAACAAUUAAUCAAGAUAAUGACGUCAAGUGAUCAGCUAUCUGAUAAUUAUCAUUCUUUCUGCAUUAUCGAUUUAGCGGUAUUAUCGGUGCAUUUCGUGCCAAACUAGUGAUAAUUGGUAAUUUAAGUUUUUUUUUUUUUUUUUGAGAAUGAGUAUGUUAAAGGUUUAAACUUUCAAAAUCAAAUGAAAUUAUUUUACUUAUAAUGGUACUUUUCAUUUGUGAACAGACAGGAUAAACAUUGAAUUUGAUGAUAUGAUUUUUUUUUUCUUAAGAUGAAUAAGAAAAUAAAGAUUUGGAUUUAUCAAU